AGAAAUUACUUCUGUGAAUGGCAGUCAUGUGACCUCAAAAUGUGUCGCUUUCUGCAUCUACCUCGCGAAGGGGACGAGAAGAUGUGUGUCGACACGGUUGCGAGGUUUUCCAAUCAUCUGGCAUCCCUUCAGCGAGCAGGAGCUGUGUUUGCAGGAUACUACCAGAGCAGCCCACCAGGGGAGUAUUUCUCCAGGCCUGUGUACCUGUCCCUGCUCUGGGCUCUGCUCAAAGCCGGCAUGGUGUCUAGCAUCUUCUCAGUGCUUCGUGUCAGCUUGGUCUACAAUCUAGUGCCGGGCCAUGACUUCCUGCUGGCUCUCUUCAGCUACGUCAGAGACAAGGCUCUAGUCGGCUUUAUUCCAGAGCUACUGCAACACACAAUCAAGAUGGUCAGUAGUGGUUUGGAGCUGAACUUGGACUGCAUCGAAAAUGUAAAAAACACUCCCAUGUUUCAGCAGACGGCCCAUCAGAUUUCACAUGCAGCUUCACUUGGCAGCAAAAACCUGUCUGCCUGCCCACCUAAUCCAGACUUCCUGAAUUUAGUGCAUGGGAAUGUGGAAAUCCAGCUCUGUGCCAAACAGGAGGAUUGGAGGCGGAUGGGUGAGGUGUAUAGGUCCAUCUGCCAGCUGAGCCAACACCCCAUCCACGUGGAGCGCAUCACCGGCCAGAUCGCCAUAGCCCUGCUGGCUGAGAACAAAAACAAGGUGGCGCUGCCCUUCGCUGCUUUUGUUGAAUCAGUGUGUAAAAAUGAAGAUAAGGACGACAGCGUGGUGAGGAGUUUUGUUGGCAGGAUCGGAGUCUCUUUGAUGUUAAGAUACCACAAAAACCAUCAUUGGCAUAAGGGCUGCAAAGUGGUGCAGGUGCUGUCCAGUUUGAAAAUGGACUACGUGACACUGAAGAGCUUAUUUGGGAACGAGGACGGAGCAUCGCCCUGUUUCCUGAUCACCGUGGCUGCAGAGCUCUUCCUGAUGAGUGGAAUGGCGGAGGCAGCGCUGAACACAUUCAGAGAGCAUGGCUGGUUCCUCGGUUCAUGGGCCCGACCAUCUAAGCCCGCUGAUCUAGAGAGUCGGACUAAUGUUCAGAUCCAACUGGCCAGGAAAAUCUCUAUCAGGGACACAUUAGAGGUGCUCUGUAACCUGCCAGGAGUCAAGGAACCCAUCGACUCGAUCGACAUCUCCAGGUACGCUCCUCACUUUACGUCUCACCUCCAAAUGUGUUUGGAGACGGAGAGACACACAUUUCUUCCUGUAGCGUCCGACACGGUGGAGUUCAUGCUGUCUAAAGGGCUGGCUGUGGAUCCCCUGCUGCUGCAGACGACGAUCGAGAAACUUGGCCGACAGAACCAUUGGCUGCGGGCGCGGGAAGUCUUCAAACACUCCCUGAGUGUGGGCUACUAUCCAGAAGUGUCUGCAGAGCCCGGUUUGAUGGAGCUGACCGUCCCCUGCUCGCUCGGAGAGGUGGAGCUCGUUCUCAGCUUGGAGAUGUUUGUGGCCCUGAAUGCAUCGGUCAUCCUUCUGUCUGACACCGUCACCCCCACCCUCAGCAUUACUCUGAAGAGGACUCUUAACUCUGAGGUGGAUUACAUCUCAGCAGGGACCCGGCUCCUCUUAGCAUCGUCCCUUCCUCAGCCCAAACUGGACGUCCAUUACACCAACGUUAACGUCUCCCAGGAACAGGUGUUCAGGUUGGACGUUGCCAGUGCGCGGCGCUGGCUCCACAGAAAUCACCUGUGGGCCUCUGAACUGUGGACUCCCCGCGCUCGAUGUUUAGACCAAAACUGAGCGAGGUGAGUAGUCAGCAUUACGUACAGCAUCAG